AUGGCUUCUUCAAACAAUGUGUUAGCUCCUACUUCUACAACCCACAAAAGAGUUCCCAAGUCUCAACUGUCAUUGGAUUCCCGAGAAGAAGAGAUAGAGGUCCUCUUGAAGAUUCCUGAAACACUACUUUUGAAGGUAAAGAGCUGCAACACAAUUGAUGAUGUUAAGCUUAAAAUCCAAGAUCAUUAUGUGGUGUUUCAAGUAUUCAUUGAGAUGUCUUCAUGUGGCAAAACAAUUACACUUCAGCUGAAUAUGUCUGAUACAGUUCUGAACAUCAAGAACGUCAUUGAGGUUGAGGAACGAAUUCGACAAGAUCUUCAUAUACUUUACUAUGGUGCAAAACAACUUAACGAUACCCAGAAACUUGUAGACCUAGACAUCCCAAAAAAUUCACCUUUCAAUUGUAAAAAAGUGGAUCUUGUUGCAAAUGUGAAGGCCUUGAUUUUAGAAAAGAAGGGGACACCACUUCAGCAUCAAACACUGACCCGUGAUGGAGAGCCAUUGAAGGAUGAAGACACACUUUCGGCUUGUGGCAUUGGGAAAAAAUCUACUCUUGACAUGGACUUAUGCCCGAGAAGUGCAAUGCAAGUCUAUAUUUGCAAGAAAAAUCAAGAAUUUGAACCACUUGAAGUGAGAGCUUGGUAUGCAGUCAUUGAUGUGAAGAAUUUGAUUCAAGGCACAGAAGGAAGGUUGCAUGAUCAUCUUGAGCUAGUUUAUAAGGCAGUGCCAUUGAAAGACUCCAGAACUUUAGCUGACUAUGGCAUCAAAGAGAAAUCAACCCUUUUCAUGGAUAAGAAAACACCAGAACUUGAGGUGUCAGGAUCGGACAAUAUUCACCAUGUCAAAUACAUGAUUCAUGACAAGUUUUGCAUCACUCCAGAUUCGCAGAGAUUCAUUUUUGCUGGGAAAAUAGAGCUCCUCUUGAAGAUUCCUGAAACACUACUUUUGAAGGUAAAGAGCUGCAACACAAUUGAUGAUGUUAAGCUUAAAAUCCAAGCUCAUUAUGUGGUGUUUCAAGUAUUCAUUGAGAUGUCUUCAAGUGGCAAAACAAUUACACUUCAGCUGAAUAUGUCUGAUACAGUUCUGAACAUCAAGAACGUCAUUGAGGUUGAGGAACGAAUUCGACAAGAUCUUCAUAUACUUUACUAUGAGGAGCUGCAAAUAUUUGUAAAUGUGGCACGAAAAACAAUCCCUCUUGAAGUAAAAGGUUGGCAUACUGUUCGAGACAUCAAGGCCAUGAUCCAGAGCGUGGAGCAAAUUCUAAUUCAUGCCGGAAAAAGACUUGUGAACUCCCACACUUUGGCCAAAUAUGACCUCAAAAUGGAUCCGAUUGUACAUCUAGUUUGUCCUUUGAUGGAUAUAUUCAUUAGGAUACGUCCCAUUGGUAAGAUGGUUUCACUAAAGGUAAAAAAGUGGGAUCUUGUUGCAAAUGUGAAGGCCUUGAUUUCAGAAAAGAAGGGGAUACCACUUCAGCAACAAACACUGACCCAUGAUGGAGAGCCAUUGAAGGAUGAAGACACACUUUCGGCUUGUGGCAUUUGGAAAAAAUCUACUCUUGACAUGGACUUAUGCCCAAGAAGUGCAAUGCAAGUCUAUAUUUGCAAGAAAAAUCAAGAAUUUGUACCACUUGAAGUGAGAGCUUGGUAUGCAGUCAUUGAUGUGAAGAAUUUGAUUCAAUGCACAGAAGGAAGGUUGCAUGAUCAUCUUAAGCUAGUUUACAAGGCAGUGCCAUUGAAAGACUCCAAAACUUUAUCUGACUAUGGCAUCAAAGAGAAAUCAACCCUUUUCAUGGUAAAUUCCUCAAUUCUGAUCUAUAUCGAGGUAUGCACAAUUCAGGAUAAGAAAACACUAGAACUUGAGGUGUCGGGAUGGGACAAUAUUCACCAUGUCAAAAACAUGAUUCAUGACAAGUUUUGCAUCCCUCCAGAUUCGCAGAGAUUCAUUUUUGCUGGGAAAGUACUUGAGGAUAGUCACUUGAUUCUUCAUUGUUAUGGCAUCGAAGAAGGGUCUACCCUCAAUUUGGUUGAUUGUUCCAAAGGAGAUGUGAAGCAAAUCGUUGUAUCUAUGCGUUGGUGA